AAAAUUACCCCCUGGACCGGCGCCAUUGCCUAUCCUGGGAAACAUCCUUCAGCUCAAUGGCAAAGAAGUGUUUAAGUCAUUCAAACAGCUGAGUGAAAAGUAUGGACCGGUAUAUACUAUCCACAUGGGCAUGGAUCCUGUUGUGGUUUUGUGCAGUUGCGAUGCAGUGAAGGAAGCUCUAAUGGACAAUGCAGAGGACUUCGGUGUCAGGGGGCACAUGCCAAUUCUGGACAGGAUAAGUUGCGGAGGGCAUGGGGUGGUAGGCAGUAAUGGGGAACGCUGGAAACAACUACGCCGCUUCUCUCUGAUGACAUUAAGGAACUUUGGGAUGGGUAAAAGGAGCAUUGAAGAGAGAAUUCAAGAAGAGGCCCAGUUCCUUACAGAAGAAUUCCGAAAGACCAAAUACUGGGAUAGCAUGAGCAGUCAUUGGAGGAUGUACAAUGUCUAUCCUAAAGUUAUGGGAAAGAUCCCAGGGCCUCAUCAAAAAAUGUUCAAUUCAGUAGAUGGUAUUCAGGAAUUUAUUACGCAACGUGUAAAAAUGCAUAAGGAAACUCUGGAUCUCAACAAUCCUCGGGAUUUCAUUGACUGCUUCCUCAUUAAAAUGGAACAGGAAAAGAACAUUCCUGAAACUGAGUUUCAUAUGGAAGGCAUUGUCAAUACAACAUUUGAUUUGUUUGGUGCUGGGACUGAAACUGUUAGCACAACACUGCGUUACGGAUUGAUGAUUCUCCUUAAGCACCCAGAUGUUGAAGAAAGCAUCCAUCAAGAGAUUGACAAAGUCAUUGGAAGAAACAGGGCUCCGUGUAUAGAAGAUCGCUCUCGUAUGCCCUAUACGGAUGCUGUAAUCCAUGAAAUUCAAAGAUUUAUUGACCUCUUACCAUUGGGUAUCCCACACAAAGUAGCGCGGGACCUGAAGUUUAGAGAUUUUUUUAUUCCUAAGGGUACAACCAUCUACCCCUUGCUCAGUUCUGUUCUACGAGAUCCAAAGCAGUUUAAAUACCCAAAUGAGUUCAAUCCGGGACAUUUCUUAAAUGAUCAAGGGAAGUUCAGGAAAAAUGAUGGAUUCAUGCCAUUCUCUUCAGGAAAACGAAUCUGUCUCGGAGAAGGCCUCGCAAGAAUGGAGCUCUUCCUGUUUUUCACCACCAUCUUACAGAACUUCACUCUUCAGUCACACGUGGACAAAGAAGAAAUAGACUUAACACCAUUAUUGAGUGGAUUUGGAAAUUAUCCUCAUCAUUACCAGCUGUCCUUCAUCCCACGCUGAUUCAUUUGAAUACAUUUUUAAGUCAAAUUGAUUUUUACCUUUUGCCAUGUAGGAGAACAAAUAUUAUGUCAACAUAUUGCCAACAGCUGCACAUGGUAAACCUCUCGAAUGAUGAUGAUGGCCGGCUGGAGAAUGGAACAUUACCACCCGCUUUCCCAGCUCAGGCGUGAGACCCGUUGCGAUCAUCAAAUUUUUAUCUGUCUGAGCAACAUGUCAAAAGUUGUUUCUCAUGACAGUAACACUAUAAAACCUCAAUUACCACCAAUACUAUACUGUAUGUCACUGAAGUGCAAUAUGCUCAGCACAAAAAUAGUCCACCUUGCAUAAAGAGCAUGUACUUAAGCUAAAGUACCCGAGUGAUUAAAGGGUACUCUGCCCCUACACAUCUUAUCCA